AAUCCUUAAAUUUAUCAUAUUUCUCAGAAUUAUCCUAAUUAGACAGAUUUAGGAAAUAGAAAAGUUUCUGCGCGACAAUGUUGUGUGGUAUAAAACGCAGGCCCGUUCCUCUGACUGUACUUUCUGCACCUCGCAGCUUUUCUCAGCUGAUCUCAUCCCGAGGCAGGUGAAACAACAAUCUGGCGCAAUAAUAAAAUCGACGUUGUCAGCGGUACGGGGCACCGCGGGGCACCACGUGUCCAUCUCGAUGACGGCGGUGAGCAUAUACACAUGCCCAUCUAAAAAUAGUUCGUUGAGUCAGAGUUGCAAUCCGAUCGGCGCAGACCCGGGAACUUGAACGGGCCGAUCGGUCGAGAGAGAAGGAUAGAGAGAGAGAAAGAGAGGAAUGGACUUGUUGCGAUAUCGCAAGAUCAUAAUCUACGCAUUGACAUUUUUGGCAUACGCCUGGUCAGGCUAUGGCGCUGGGCUGUUGGCGAAUUUACGGGACGCCGUGCUGGCGGCGGAGACCGUCUUCCACGACUUGUUCGCCAAUGCCAUAACAGUGGCGAGGAAGAUCAAGGACGUACACGAGGUGUUUGACGCCGCCGUGGAGGAGAACUGCGUCUUCCAGUGUCCCGACGGAUCCACACCGAAGGCAGACUGGAAUCACAAGUCACGUAGCGACGGAUGCGGUUCCCUCGGGAUUCAGGUGAACCAAGACUAUCUUCCGCUUGCUGAAAUGACGAAGUGCUGCGACUUCCAUGAUAUUUGUUACGACACUUGCAACUCGGACAAGGAGAAGUGCGAUCUGGAAUUCAAGAGAUGCCUCUACAAAUAUUGUGACUCGUAUCAAUCCACCGGCGUCAGCAUUGUAAACACAUGUAAAGCUGCGGCUAAAGUCCUCUUUACGGGAACGAUCACGCUGGGUUGCAAGAGUUUCCUUGACGCUCAAAAGGAAGCUUGCUAUUGUCAAGGCAAACCGAAUAAAAAUAAAAAAUCAAAGAAAGCGGCUCAAGCCGGUGGAGAAUUAUAAGUGUAAUAUGAUAGGGACAAUACGAUAUAUUUAUACAACAAAACAUAUUAAAUAGAAUAGAAAUUAUACUUCAUCCUCUAACAAACAAAAAUUAAUUUUGGUGGUAAGUCGUUAACUAUACUGUAAUUUAUAAAAAACUUUAAAUUAAAUGUAAAUUGUAAAUUUUGUAACAAAAACAGUUAAGUUUCUUGUGAUAUUAUAAUUGUAACAAUGUUAAUUAUGAAAUUAUGUUAAAGAAUAGGAAAUAGAGAAUAGGAUAGCAGCAUAUGUGGUUUGAAUUUGAUUAUGUUGUAAAUAUUGAAAAUGAUUCUUUUUGUAUGUAUCAAUAUGAAUCGUAUCAAAAUCGUGCUUGUCUUUUGAAAAAACAGUGGACGGUCUUUCAUAAUACAAAUGUCAAUGUGGAUCGAUGUGACAACUGUUCUCAUGCAAAAUCACCGAGUCGGAACCAGUGUAGACAAUAAAUAAUAAAUUAUUAAGUAACGCU